AUGGAGAAUCUCACCUUUCGUGAGAGGUAUGUUGUCGAACAUGCUGGGUAUGAUGGACAACAAAUACGUCACCAUGUCUUCAAGCCCCCUUUUGCACUGGAUCUGCUCCCACCGGACUUACAAACACAAGCUACUUGGUUGAUGCAGCAUCAUCACUGUAUAAAUUGGAACUCUGGUUUUACUCCACUACAUACCUUUCCAAAAAUUAUGGAUGAGUUAACGAAGCAUGCAGAUCGAAUUUUCUUCAAAGGAAUCGAACAAGCAAACUGCUUGAGACGGUUUUCCCGCAAACCCGUCAUCGAAUUUGCCGAACAGCCUCGUUUAGAACCCGCUAGCUCUGCAUGUUUCUAUCACUCCAAGCCUAUCACCAUGUGUACACUAUCCAACGUAUUUUAUUUGUAUAAGAACUUUAUCAUGUCAUAA